UAAACCUCAUGAUGAUUCGAACCUUGAGUCCUUACACCGGCACACCAAAAACAGCUGAGAUCAUGGCUAGGUACAGACCCAUAGCUCCAAAGCCAGAGGUUCCAGUGAACACAUUAGUCAACCAGAACAUCAGGCAAUCUGAUUACCUGAGAAACGUUUGGCCUCAUUUGCUACAAAGACCCACCAGAACCAGAAAGAGAGGGAGGCCUGCAAUUUCACCACCUAAUGUGAAGAGACAAAGGACUUGUCUCCAAGCCCUCUAUCUUCCUUACCAGGUAACAACAACUCCGCCAUCCACAACCUUCUGCUUUAAUGCUUUUCCUCAUGCCCCAACUGGGCUUCUUCAGCUAGCUCCGCUGGCUCUCCCAAUGCCAAACCUCGCAGCCGCCGUAGCCGGCAGCUUCACAAACCCAUGCACAAUGCUGGCAAAUUUACUAACAGUCUCUCUCCUCUCAUGUCCUCCAUCGCUUCCGAUCACCACCCAACAAGCAACAAAAGCACCUGAACACGAUGGCAUGCAGGUUAAUGGUGGUGAGUCUGGUGAUAAGGAUAUAGACUUGAACAUAGCAGCUGAAGCUCCUGAGGAACAUGAUUUUCUGCUGCAGCUUCAAAAUAAAGGGCCAAUCAGCCCCAACAUUAUCGCACCACAGCCGGUCCGACCCAUUGGUUCCUGCAUAUAUGUAACGUGCAUUAGUGAAGACCCAGGGGGCCAAAAAACAGCCAUGCAUGAUCUCAAAAAACCAGAGGAUGUGGAGAGAGAGGUGGAGUCCGAGGCCUUACCGGCGAUUGUAUCGGAUUCGAAUAACAGAGUCCGGCUGGUGAAUUCGGCUUACAAGGAGAUGGUGGGUCAACCCGAAUGUUCUUGGCUUGACACAGCCGGUGAUGGACGGCGCGGAGGCGGUGCAUGCAAGAGGAUUGGUGGGGAGGUGAUGCUUCAAUUCUUGGAUUCGAUUUUGCCAGUUUCAUCAAUUGGGUUUUCAUGCUGGGUGAAGAUAGAGUGGAGAAGCAAGGGAACGAAGAACUCGGUCAAUGCUUUUUGCGACGCCAUUAGGUUACCUUGUGAGUCCAAGGACUACCUUUUUGCAUGGAGGUUCCACACAAGAGAUGCUUCUCAAUCCGCUUCCAGUUUUUGA